AUGUCAGCCGAGGACUUUCAACUCUACCGCUAUGACCCCUCGGUCGGUGCAGCUGUUUUCUUUGUUAUUUUCUUCGUCCUCGCAUCCGGCCUGCAUACAUACCAGAUGAUCCCGACCAAGACCUGGUUCUUCAUCCCUUUCGUCGUCGGUGGCUACAUGGAAUGGGUUGGAUAUAUCGGACGAGCGAUGUCUGGAACCGAACAGCGUCCCCUGUUCAGUCUCGGUCCUUAUAUCCUCCAAACCCUCCUUCUCCUUAUCGCUCCGACCCUCUACGCAGCAAGCAUCUACAUGGCCCUUGGGAGAAUAGUCCUCGCCACCGACGGCGAGGCACACUGUUGGAUCCGGCGGAAGUGGUUGACCAAGACCUUCCUACUAGGUGAUAUAAUUUCAUUCAUCAUGCAAGGAGCUGGUGGCGGCAUAAUGACCUCCGGCACCCUCUCGGCCGUUACAACAGGCGAGAACAUCAUCAUCGUCGGCCUCGUCGUGCAGCUCAUCUUCUUCUCCGUCUUCAUGUACACCAGCGUACGAUUCCACCUCGCUAUGAGGAAGGAUCUCUCCCGCAAGGUUCUGCAUACUCAGCCGCCGUGGGAGAGACACAUCCAUGCGCUAUAUGCGGCCAGCCUUCUCAUCUUUGUCCGCUGCGCGUUCCGCCUGAUAGAAUAUGCGCAGGGAAAUGAUGGGUAUCUGGUGUCGCAUGAGGUUUAUCUGUAUAUCUUUGAUGCACUGCUUAUGGCGCUGACAAUGACCGUGUUUGCGUGGGUGCAUCCGAGUGAAAUCAAUGCGAUUAUUAACCCUGGGAAUAAAGUCGUUCGGGGGGUUAUACGGAUUGUUCCUGCCGCGGGGGAGAGGCUACGUUAUUGA